ACUGUAGAGAGAGAGAGAGACUGUAAAAACUGUAGAGAGAGAGAGAGAGAGACCUUGGAAAGAGUGGAGAGAGAGUUGGAAGGCAUGGGUCACUUGCCGCCUCUUACUCCGGGAGCCUCUGGAAGAGAGAGAAAGGGAAGAGAGAGAAAAGAAAUGUUGGGUUUUGGCCAUGGCUAUCCCUCUCCUCCAAAACGGGGAGCAUUACUCCCAACUAGUCCAGUUUCGGAGCUCAUCUGGUUACGUCCUAUCCGAAAUUCAUGAAGCAAACCAUGGCGUCUUUUCUGCAUCAUCCUAAAAGAAAACCCAUUUUGUCGAGCUCUCAGCUGUCAAGAUUCAGUAUCCAUGGCGCUGUUAAUCCAUUUUCAAAUUAUCAGAAGCUCGAUGAAGCUAUAAAGUCACUGAAAACCGAGAGAAAGGUAGAAACCCGUGCAUGUGUUCAAUUGUUAGAUUCUUGCAUAGGCCUUAAAGCAUUGAACCAAGGCCUACAAAUACAUGGCUAUAUCAAUUCCUGCAAAAAUCUCUGUAAAAAUGCCUUAAUACUCGAAAAGCUCACAAUUUUUUACAUCACCGUGGGAGAGUUCGAAUUGGGGCGCUCUGUUUUCAAUACAAUCACAAAACCUACUGUUUUCUUGUUCAAUUUUGUGAUCAGAUCAUAUGCUUGGAACACUCCCAUGGAUGAAGCUCUUACUCUGUAUUAUAAGAUGCUAGAACUGGGAGUAAAACCCAAUAAAUUUACAUUCCCUUUUGCUCUCAAAGCUUGUUCUGGUCUUCUAUCUUUAGAGGAUGGACAGAACAUUCAUGGAGACGCAGUGAACUGUGGGCUAGAGGGAGAUGUUUUCGUGGCCACUGCUCUAAUUGACAUGUAUUCUAAAUGUGGGAACUUGGGAGAAGCUAGAGCAGUGUUUGAUAAAAUGAUUAAAAGAGACAUAGUGGCUUGGAAUGCCAUGAUUUCAGGCUUAGCAUUCCAUGGCUUCUCAACCGAUGCCAUCGUGUUGCUUCAUGAGCUACAGAGGGCCAAUGAGAAGCCAAACCCUUCAACUCUGGCUUCAGUUUUGCCUGCAUUUGGCCAAGUAUUAGCUCUGAGACAUGGAAAAGCUGCACAUGCUUAUUGUAUUCGAAGAUGCUUUGUUAAUGAUGUAAUGGUGGGAACCGCACUCUUGGACAUGUAUUCAAAAUGUGAGAACUUAAAUUAUGCUUCCAAAAUUUUUAUGACAAUGCAUGAUAGGAAUGAGGUCACAUGGAGUGCCAUGAUAUCAGGGUAUGCUCAUUGUGAUCAUCCAAAAGAGGCAUUGAACCUCUUCGAUCGAAUGCUUCAUUACUAUGAUCAGAGACCCACAACGGCUACUUUAGCUAGCGUUCUUCGAGCUUCUGCUAGGCUUUUGGAUGUGAAGAGAGGGAAAGAGAUCCAUAGUUUCUCAAUCAAAGCUGGGUUUGUUUUGGAUUUAACUGUGAGCAAUUCUAUUCUCUCCAUGUAUGCCAAGUGUGGAUACAUGGACCAAGCCAUUGAAUUCUUUUAUGAAAUGCUAGUGAGAGAUUCUGUUUCAUACAGUGCGAUAAUAUCGGGUUGUGCACAGAAUGGGCAUGCCAAAGAAGCCUUGCACAUCUUUCGUGAGAUGCAAAUGCAAGGCUAUGAGCCUGAGCUUGCAACCAUGGUGGGUGUUAUCCCGGCUUGUGCUCAUUUGGCUGCUUUAAAACACGGUCAAUGCAGCCAUAGCUAUGUGAUUAUACAUGAGUUCUCAAAUGAAAUUUCAGUUGGAAAUGCUCUUGUAGACAUGUAUGCAAAGUGUGGAAGCAUAAGCUCUGGUCGAGCUGUUUUUGAUCGGAUGCCAAAGCGGGAUGUGGUUUCAUGGAAUUCAAUCAUCGCUGGCUAUGGCGUCCAUGGACAUGGGAAAGAAGCUCUCUCUCUCUUCAUGGAGAUGCAAGCUUCUGGAGUGAAACCUGAUGAUAUCACCUUUGUGUGCCUAUUAUCAGCAUGUAGCCACUCUGGUCUAGUCUCCGAAGGGGAACAGUUAUUUAAAAUGAUGGGUUUAGAUUUUGGGAUUACACCAAGAAUGGAACACUAUAUAUGUUUCGUUGAUCUUCUUGGACGAGUGGGUCACUUACAAGAGGCCCAUAACUUCAUUAGAAGUAUGCCAGUUGAACCAGAUGUUCGGGUAUGGGGUGCCUUGCUUGGUGCUUGUAGAAUUCAUAGUAAUCUUGAGCUUGGAGAAAAAGUCUCUAAGAUCAUUCGUGAACUAGGACCUGAAGGGAGUGGAAAUUUCGUGCUUCUGUCAAAUAUUUAUAGUGCUGAAAAGAGAUGGGAAGAUGCUGCCUUUGUAAGGAUUACGCAAAGAGAUCAGGGGUUUCGAAAGAGCCCUGGUUGUAGCUGGAUUGAGAUUGGUGGCUCUAUUCAUGCUUUUGUGGGUGGAGAUAGAUCACACCAACAAUCAGUGAUGAUCUAUGAGAAACUUGAGGAGUUGUUGAGAGAGAUUAAGGAGUUGGGGUAUCGACCUGAUACGAGUUUUGUUUUGCAUGAUGUGGAAGAAGAGGAGAGAGAAAGAAUACUUCUUUACCAUAGUGAGAAGUUGGCUAUUGCAUUUGGGGUUUUGAAUUUGGGACCAGGGAAGCCUAUUCAGAUUACAAAGAACCUGAGAGUUUGUGGAGACUGCCAUACCGCUAUCAAGUUGAUCUCCAUUGUUGUGGAGGCAGAUGUAGUGGUGAGAGAUGCUAACCGGUUUCACCAUUUUAGAAGUGGGAUAUGCAGUUGUGGUGAUUUUUGGUGAUCAUUUAUAGUGGAGACUGCCAUACCGCUAUCAAGUUGAUCUCCAUGUUGUGGGGGCAGAAGUAGUGGUGAGAGAUGCUAACCGGUUUCACCAUUUUAGAGGUGGGGUAUGCAGUUGUGGUGAUUUUUGAUGAUCAUUUAUAGUGCAUCCCUGAAGGGAUCAGAA